AUUCGGAGGGGCGCAUGCGCAGAAGACGUGGCAGCUGGCGUAGUGUCUGGGGCGCAGCCUGUUCUCGGUAUUGUUGGCGGUCAGGAUGGACGAGGAUAUUUUGACAACGCUAAAGAUCCUCAUAAUCGGCGAAAGCGGCGUGGGCAAGUCCAGCCUUUUGUUACGGUUUACAGAUAAUACAUUUGAUCCAGAACUUGCAGCAACAAUUGGUGUUGACUUCAAAGUGAAAACAAUCUCAGUUGAUGGAAAUAAGGCUAAGCUUGCAAUCUGGGACACUGCAGGUCAAGAGCGAUUCAGAACAUUAACACCCAGCUAUUACAGAGGAGCACAAGGAGUUAUAUUGGUUUAUGAUGUCACAAGAAGAGAUACAUUUACUAAACUAGACAAUUGGUUAACUGAAUUGGAAACAUACUGCACAAGAUACGACAUAGUUAAAAUGCUAGUUGGAAACAAAAUAGAUAAGGAAAACAGAGAAGUUGACAGAAAUGAAGGUCUUAAGUUUGCACGAAAACAUUCCAUGUUAUUUAUAGAGGCAAGUGCAAAAACAUGUGAUGGUGUGCAAUGUGCUUUUGAAGAACUUGUUGAGAAAAUAAUUCAGACACCUGGACUGUGGGAAAGUGAAAGCCAAAACAGAGGUGUAAAAUUAUCGAACACUGAAGAGGGCUAUCGGGGUGCCUGUGGUGGCUAUUGUUCUGUGUUAUAAACUCUGUAGGAUUAUUUACUUAUUUAAGAGGUAGAAAUAUCCUCUGUACAUAAACUCAUAUCUGCUAUUUUAGGGACCUUGCAGUUUGCACAUAUUUGUGUAGUAUGGCAGGGAACAUUUUCCUUAGAAAAUGUAUUCUGCAGCUUUUCCAGUGGAGAAAUGCUGUGAUAAGCAUGCCAACAUUGCAACGUUCUAGUUUUUUUUUUAAUUCAUAGCAUCCCAUUUUGCUAGGGACAUACUCAUAUUUCCUAACUUUAUCAUGGAAUAUUUGGACAACUUUAUGUUGACUGUAAAAUCUGACUGGUCUCUAACCCAAAUCACAGGAUUGUUUGAGAUACAUCUUAAAUGAUGCAAGCAGAUAGAAGUAAAACAUGCACUUCUUACUGGCAAUUGCUUUUUCUAACCUGUUUAAUAGCAUGAUGAUACAAUCUUUUUUUAGCUAUAAGCAACACCUUUUUUUAGUUUGUAACUUGUCCUGGGGUGAUUGUGAACUUCAAGGGAAGGGAAAGGAUCACUUUUUAACUGAUCACUGUAAUAACUGUACUUUGCAUCACAAAGUUCACAAUGCAAAUCUGUAGGAGGAUGCUUUCUGGUUAAGGACUUCACAGAGUCCCAUUAUUAAUCAUCUUGCCAAGUUUUGAACGUUUCUUUGUGUUACUAGUGUAAUUUGGACUCGGUAACUCAAAAACUACUGCGCCUUGGUGUUUUAAAGCCUUGAAUUAAAUGGCUGUUGCAUUUGCAGCUAUUGGCUCUGAUCCAUAAUUGUUGAAAGUAUCUCCUGGAUAUGUGUGUCUGUGUAAGGAAUAUGCUGUUUUGUUGAGGUUUUGCUGUAACAAACAGCUUGUGGCUGGCUUGUUUCAGAGAACUUGUAUCGUUAAUAAAUUUUUUUCGACAGUA